CACAAGCUUCCUAGAGGAUUACACAUACAUUGUAGAAUGUAGAAGUAGACAUUAAGGGGAGAUUUUCUGUGCAUGGACUAUAAGUUGUACGAUUCGAAAGGGUACGAAGGAACAUUCGGAUGGGUGGCACUCGUGAGGCAUUUCAGGGUACGAAGGAACGGAUGGGUGGCACUCGUGAGGCAUUUCAGAUGUGUUAGUAAAUAAGCUCAAGAAGCCUUAUUCAUAACAACAAAAGGGAAUAUAAACCCUCAGCCAGGAGCACCGUCAUCAUGCUGGACAAGGCCACGAAGACGGUCAGUGCACAUGUGAAGGAAAUGAUCAUGGCGGACAGAGGGGGGAAACUUGGACCAAAUCAUAUCCACGCGAACAAGGUUACAGCAAAGACCUUGACGGACCAUGGAUGUUAUAUUACUGAUCCACAAACAGGGAUUACGUAUCUCAGGGGAAAGCUACUCGGAAAGGGUGGCUUCGCCAACUGCUAUGAACUCAUCGAUGUCAAAACCAAACGUAUCUAUGCAGGGAAGAUCGUCCCCAAAACGAGAAUAUCAAAACCACAUCAAAAAGAAAAGAUAGCCAGAGAGAUAGAACUGCACAGAAAUCUCAAAAAUAAAAACAUUGUCGAAUUCCAUAACUUUUUCGAGGAUGAUGACAACGUUUACAUUGUAUUAGAACACUGUAGUAAAAAGUCAUUGGUGCACAUCCUAAAGAACCGAAAAACACUGACAGAGCCCGAGGUGCGAUUUUACGUGAAGCAUUUAUUAGAAGGUUGCCGCUAUAUCCACAGCCAACGAAUCAUUCACCGAGACUUGAAACUUGGCAACAUGCUACUCAACGACAAGAUGGAACUCAAAAUCGCUGACUUUGGGCUUGCCACGAGGGUCAAUUUUGUUGGCGACAAGAAAAUGACCGUGUGUGGUACUCCCAACUACAUCGCUCCCGAGGUGCUACAAAAGAAGGGCCAUAGCUACGAGGCAGAUAUGUGGGCAGUCGGAUGCAUCAUGUUUGCCAUGUUGGUCGGCCGCCCACCAUUCGAAACUCCAACGCUCAAGGAAACAUACCUCAGGAUCGCUACAAACAAGUUCUUCAUUCCAUCAAAUAUAUCAGACCCGGCCAGGCUUCUGAUGAGGAGGAUCCUGUCACCAUCACCAGACACCCGGCCCACUAUUGAUGAAAUCCUUGCUGAUGAUUUCUUCAGCAGUGGCUACAUGCCACAGACCUUACCCACUGCCUGCUGUACCUCGGCGCCAAAGUUUCCAGUUUCAUACAGUACUCCCCAAACUCCAGUAUCAAUUGUGAAGGAGACCACGUUUACGGACAACGUCAUCGAAACGCAUCAUGUGUUAAAAGAAACGCGGUAUCCAACUAUCAGGGUGGCUGCUCCAGAAGAAAAGAUAAUCAUGAGACCCCCACCCCACGUUUUACAACCUGCCAAAACAAAAGAAAAUGCCCGAGAAUGCGUCAGAAAUGGUCUCGACUCCCGCAACGGUAUCCUCGCUCAAGGUGCUACUACUCCCGACCAGGAAAACAUAUCCCCACGUGAUGUUCACAGUAGUCUGAAUGGUUUGGACACGACGCCUCGGUGUGGUAGCCCUGGUCUUGCUGUAAAGCUUCACCAUAGGAUUGGACAUUGUCUUGACCGAUCUCCAACACCCAGCUUCAAUGAAAACCCAGCCCCUAUGACCAACCCGAACGUAUUAUGGAUCAGUAAAUGGGUUGACUACUCCAACAAAUACGGCUUUGGCUUCCAGUUAUCGAACAGAUCCGUUGGGGUGCUCUUUAACGACACAGCAAGGAUUUCAUUAGGUCCCGAUGGGAAGAGUGCUCAAUAUUGUGAUCUUACUGGACGAGUAACGGCUUUCCAGGUCGACGCUGUUCCAACCGGCCUGCAGAAACGAUCCACAUUACUCACAUAUUUCGCGACCUAUAUGAACGAAAAUCUAAUUCAGGGAGGUGACAUGGAGGCUGAAGGUGCUGAUAGGUAUCCAGGGGGUAUCUUCAUGAAGAAAUGGUUCAGAACGUCCAAGGCUAUUGUAAUGUACCUGAGCAGUGGGACGUUACAGGUGAACUUCUUCGAAGACCACACCAAGAUCAUCAUGUCCACUGCCAUAGAUGGAGAGUACCUGCUGACCCUCAUUGACGAGAACCGCCGUGCGACCACGUAUUACUUAGAGGACAUCACUCAGCUCGGCUGCGAUGACGUGAUCCGGGACAGACUUGUGUAUUCUUAUGGCAUGCUGAAGAAUAUCUUGGACAUAGAAGGCGAGGAUAUAUGAAAAGAGAUACCUCUGACAUGGUGCAGAUAUGGAUGUGUAACUAGUCCUUUAAGAUGUGGGCGAGAUGAAGUGCGGGUCAUGAAGUAACCAGUCAGUGGUUGUCCCAAGUUGCAUUGAUUGGACGGAAAAUCUGGGUCACGUCAACCGGAGCCAAAGUUGGCCCUGUCAUUUUUGCUCUAGUUGGCAGUAAAGACGUUGUUUCAGUGUUCAAAUGCAUCAGACAAUCACAAAAUGCUUUGGAAGAUGACAAACCCCAUUGAGAGAGCAAAGCUCAUGAUUUCUUUCAAAUUAAAAUGUGAUUUUUUUUUUACAAGGAGCGCUUUAAUCGGACAAUUCUGACUAUUGCACAGUUGCUGUUGUUAAGUCAUGACUAUUCAACCAUGACCCGAACUUUUUCGUUUAGAGCGAAACUUUUGUUGUUUGAUUUUGUUGUGACUGCUAUCGAAAAUUCAAACUCACAUAAUAGAGAACUAAAUGGAAGUGAACAUGCAGUGAUAUGAUCAGGCAAGCAGGGUUAUGAAUGCGUAGAGGAAUGGAGUGUGAUUCGGUCGGUGUUUAUCCCAGUCGUGGGGAAAUGUAAUUUGGACUUGCACAGUAGCAUUGGACGCUCGUCAUGGGCGAACUUACUGAUAUUCGUGUGCUCGAUGUUAAUGGCACAGACGUGAUAAGUCUUCAGCAUCAUUGAAAAGUGCCUCUGAACCAAUUUUACGCGAGACAUAAAAUUAAGUGGCUAAGUGAAAAUUUAUGAAGGAUCUUUGUACGAAAUGAUUAAGAGUAUGGUGGAAAUAUUAUGUAGUGCAAGAACUGUAACCGGUCUUGCUGUCCGAUAUAAUUUGUAGAUAGAAAAUACGCCCAGUUUCGUUGUGCUGUACAUGCGCAUGUAUCUAUGUGAUAAAGAAGAACGAAGAGUUAACAUUUCUGAUAAAGGAUUUUGUUCAUUUUCGGUGCUUUCCGCAAGGUAGACUGGUUUGCAUGAACUGAAAGACAAUCGCUGUGAUUAACCUAAAGGAAGGUGGCUUUAUAUGCCUUGUCUUAAUGGGUGCUGAAGGCAAAGGUUUGCAGGGAUGAAGUUGCUUUGACUUGGUUUGUCGAGAACUGAGCAUUAUUCGAUGAGUUGGAACAGACCGGGGAGUGCAAAACAUACCAAUAAGUCAUCUGGAGUUGGGUAAAAUGAAUGAAUUAUCUUUUAUGUAGUGAAGAGCAAUUACUCUUCACUCCAUAUAAGGCCGAUGUCCAAAUAAUUUCGCUCAAUUUCAGCAGGCGGACUCAAGCCAAUUGUUCAGCUAUAGGCCUACCGUUGAUGGUAUGGGCGCUUGCAACAGAUCGUAAGUCAUGACCAGAAACGACUCUGUGGGAAUGGCCUCCUUUAAACUAAGGGUCAAGGAAUGCUUAGUAUGGGGUGGUUUUUUUGGCAUUCCCGGUCGGAACGACUGUAUGGUCUACAUGUAGAGUUUGAAUGGUAACUUGGGAGGUAUGGAAGGCAGUGACGAAAUAUUCUCCCAAUCAUUGAGUGUCAAGGUCGUUAAGUUAAAGAUAACCAUUGAUAUAUGACCAUGAAAAAACGAAGUGUAUUAAGGUGAUGAAAUCUUUGCGUAGAAGGAUUGUCUUGAAGUUUAAUGCACCAAUGCCAUCUGCAUCAUAGAGCAAGUUUGUAUAUUUCAUACUCAUGCUCAGAUAUUACCCUUAUUUCGUUUUCGUUUUUGUUUUUCGCUGUGCGUUCAUUUCAAGUUGAAAUGUACAUGUAUAAUUUGUGAUAUUCUGGAUAGUUGACUCGGUUGUUAAGCCUGAACCAGCUUUUGAUGAUUAUUUUCUUUUGUAAAGAUAUUUUGAGAGUAGUGCAGGAGAAAAAUCCCAAGAACGAACUGAAUACUGUUGUUUUUUCUGAAAAGUAUUUCAUAAAACUGCUGAUAUGCAUGUGGUAAACAAGGCUUACACAUUACCGUAAUCAAAGAGUUUUUCGAAUUGGUUUUUGUUUCAAGAGCUUAUUCCUGAGUUUUGAUAGGUAGUUCAAUGUCUCAGUUACAUGUAAUUACGUUAAUUUUAUUUUUAUGCAUAGCUCUGGAGUGGACUGUCUCUAUCCCUUUUUUCGAGAACAAGGAAAUGAGACAUCUUUUCUGAAACAUUUGAAUUUGAGACAUCCCUUUCCUUUUUAAACUCAAUUAAUUACAAGACCCUGCAGUGGAUGACCUGCAUUGAUGAUUGCAAGUUGAAAAUCGAGUGUUCUGGUGACUUUCUUUUUAUUCAAGCAUGCGAUUUCUGGUAUUUCGGUUGAGGAUAAAACUGCUUACUUAUUCAGGUUCUUCCCGGUAAACAUUUUGCUAAAUGUAAACAUAUUGUAUCAGUAUAUUUCAAACAAUUGUUUUUGCGUUUAUACGACCACAAAAACCUAAUCAGACCGUUUGGAAGAGGUGUCAGCAUUUACAGGAAGUAGUCCCAUUUACAGGAAAAUGGCACUGCAAACAAAACGCCAUAUAGAGCUAGGAAGUCUUUUGCAGUAUUUUGAUGAAUUAUGUAUGACAUUUGUUCAACUGCUGCAUUUUCUGAGUGAAAUCACCAAAUAUCCGAGCGCCAUUUUCGCAUGAAAUAGUUUAUAGCCAACUAUAUGACUGACGCUCAGCAAAAUGAUCUCGCUUAAAGCCAAUGAUUUCUAUGAUAUAGACAUAAUAGCGUCAGCACUUGUACUCGUUCAUUUUGGGGGAAGGAACCAUGGUUAUUUGUAAAUUCUAUAUAGGGUACCGGCAAAAUACAGUUUGUACGGCAGCCGCUUCGUUAGGCUGAGUGUUGUAGCGAGUAUGAUACAACACGCCGCUAUUUGUGGUAGAAACGAUUGAAUUUAAUUGAUGGGGUUUUCCUUGAUUGGCUAUUUGGUUUUUCUUUCAACCGCAUCUUGUAUACUACUGCUUGUAUAUCUCUAUGUCUUCCUAUUCCAUGUCAUUUACCAUCAAGUGGUAUCAACUUAAAGAGCCCCGGAAAAUUAUCCCGGGCUACGAGGUCGCCGCCGGGUUCUUGUCCCUUCAUGAUUUGGCCGUGAAUGCUCACUCGAUCGAGAUGCGGACUUUUUGGUCUCGGUUACAGUAUCUCCGCCAGUAUAGUCAGUGUGAGUGAUUCACGUGGUAUAGACUACGCAAUGUAAGAAAUUCCACUACGCGCUCUUUAACGGAACUAUAUUCCCAGUCCAUGCUAUCACUAUAGGGCCGUUUACACGGGACCAGACCGAUCUUGGUCGAUCCGGAUUGGUCAAGAUUGGUCUGCCGUGAAAGCGGGCACGAAUGUGAUCUGGUCUGAUUCGAUGUUUACUUCAUUACGAGUCUUACAUGUUCGUCAUUCUUUACAUCCUGAGCGGCGAUGUGAUGUGAAGUGACCUUAUCUGGUCUGGUCUCGUUUGGUUUGGUACCUUGUAAACGGCCCUGCUGAUAUAUGUUGAGGUGACCGGGCGUAAGCCCCUACGAACAAAGAAAACAUGGACCAAUUCUAUUGCGUUCUUACAAUGCGUAGUCAUGCUUCCUUGGCAAGGGCGGACAUGUAUAACAACAGCGAGAUUUAAUUAUUGGUGGUCAAGUGAGAUAAGAGUUCUCGUCGAAGAAAUCUGGGCCCAUCAGUUCAUGCACGGGUCAUUCUUCACUCAAGACACAUUUAUAGAGCGAAAUUUCUUGAAUGAUGUUCUGUACGUUUAAAACUUUAGCUAGAGACGCUGGAGUGAAAUUAGAAAACAGCUUUGGAGAAAACACAGCGGGCUGCCGAAAAAGAGAGAAAUGCUUGACAAUUUUCUUUAAAAAUGUCUUUGCUGUAUUGUAUUAAUAUCAGUAUUGAGAAUUUUUUUUGAUGGUUUUGUAAUAAGGAAUGCGCGUGAUGUCUGAAUGAGGUGUGUGUGGAACCAUGAUAUCCACCACAAAAGGCUGUGUUAAAAAAUAUCCGUUCCUUCGUUAUUUUGUAUAUUUGUAAAUAUUUGAAAAAUUCUGUUUAAUAAUUUUGCAUAAAUAAAGAUAUCCAAAUAAUUGUUAA